GAUAUCAAACACGAUGGCAACUUACUGGACGAAGGAUAGUUCAAUAAUAAGCUAUUUCAUCAUUUCUUGUUUGGCAAUUGGUCCUCUAUUUUGCUGGGCACAAGCCACCUCGAGUAAAGAAGAGCUUUUAUCAUCUGACAAUGAGUUGAAUUCAGCCAAAGUGGAUCAGAGACUCGUCGUGAGGCCGGUCGUUCGUGAAUUGCCAACGACGCGUCACGUGCGAUCGAUUGAUCAUGCAGAUCACGCCGAGCAACUCACCGUUUCUCUUCGCGAAUUGCCUAUCGUCCUAGACCUUCAAUUAAACAAAGAUCUAAUCCCGCAUAAUUUUUACGUCCAUCAUCACGGAAUUGAAGAUGUUUGGAGAUCAGAAGAAUUUUCGGCACAGUCUUUUCCCGUGUGUCAUUAUAGGGGAAGGGUACGGAACGUGUCCAAUUCAUGGGUGACGUUGUCUACUUGUUUUGGCCUCAGUGGCGCGGUUUUUGAUGGCGCUCAUUUAUUCUACAUCGAGCCGUUGAACAACACGCUCGACGGUGACCACUCGUGGAUUCCACACUCGCAGCAAUUGAAUUCGUCCUUCACGUUUUGUGAUGAAGAUCAUCAUCGGUCAUCGGAAUGGCAGAGUGUCAAGGUGAAAAGACAAACAUCAAAUCACGUGGCUGUCCACAAUGUCGAGUUGGUGUUGGUUGUUGAUUACGCCAUUUAUCUGAGAAACAAUGGUGAUAUGUACAAGAUUUUGAAACGUGUAUUGGACAUUGUCAACGUUAUUAAACAGAUUUACUCGUCCCUGCAAAUAUCGGUCAUGUUAGUGGGUGUCAUCGUUUGGUCGUCAGGUGACAAGAUCAACAUUGACAAAGAUGCAAGCCAGACCUUAUCCAAGUUUAAGGAGUACCGGCACGCACACCUGGAAACUAAAGUUCACGACAACGCACAAUUGAUGACUGGCGUUGAUGGCAAACAUUUCGGUGGUCCCGUUGGCAGGGCUUACGUCGGGACGUUAUGCCACACUCACGAUUCUUGCGGGAUUGCUGUUGAUGAUCCAAAUUCUCCAGCGGCUAUGACAGCAUCGAUCAUGGCUCACGAAAUAGGCCAUAAUUUCGGCAUGCAUCACGAUAAUGAAUCUUGUUCAUGCCCUAAAGGCGAUUGCGUCAUGGCUGCAGCCAUCGGGCAGCCAACAAUGCACUGGAGCUCUUGCAGUCGUCAACUCAUUCAAGAUUAUACGAGUGACGCCAGAUAUAAAUGUCUCCGUAAUCGACCAAGCAGGUGCGGGAAUAUGGUAGUCGACCCCGAAGAAGAAUGCGAUUGCGGCCUGCCCAAUUAUUGCCGGAAUCACUGCUGCGAUCCUCACACUUGCAAAUUCAGCCGGCGAAGUCCCAAGGUUCAAUGUGCUGAUGGCGGUUGCUGUAAUCUUGUGACUUGUCAGUUGGAAUUACCCGGAGUCGAAUGUCGUUCAGCGGAGAACGAAUGUGAUUUACCUGAAUAUUGCCUGGGAGAUGGCCCUACGUGUCCGCCUGAUUUGCACAAGUUCAACGGCAUUACGUGUCAAUCACGCAAGGUUUGUGUUGACAAAUGUUGUACGACGUAUCUGCCAGGUGGACCGGUACUGUGCCCAGCAAAUUGCACGAACGGGGGAUUCUGCAAUAAUUUAGGUAAAUGCCAUUGCCCUGAUGGAUUUAGGCCUCCAUCAUGUCAACAUUACGGAAUGGGAGGUAGCGAAGACGGUGGGCCUUCUGUAGAUCCGAAAGUCCGCCGGCUAUUCCAACUCGAAUUGUACGUCGUUUUCUUGGCCAUCGUUCCAAUCGCUGGAUUCUUGUUCUUCGCCUUUUACUUCUUCCUCAACGACGAGCAAAAAGAGUCCUUUUGGGUUUGCGUUCGCCAUCGUUUCGGACGUGGAGGAAAUAAAGGAUCCGGCAUCCGACUAUUUCAUCCAGUGCCGUUGAUUCAAUCGGUCAGCAUCGAAAAGCCGAUCGAUGAGCUGCGUGAAAAGCGCCAUUUUAGCGACUGGGUGAAGAAUCGUGUUGGGUUGACAUUGCCCAGCAUCAAUUUUUUGUCUGCGAAUGGCCCGUCUUCCACGAUAUUGUCGCCGGCUAGCGCUUGUUCGACGGCCACCGUCACCCUCAGCGCUCUCAAUACUCCGGAUGUGGCGCUAUCGACUCCGAACGCGUUCCUGGCUGUUACGCCUUCGCUGGAUGAUAAAAAACAAUUGACUCCUCCGGUUCCACGAAUAAUGCGUCCAGCUCCGCCUCCGCCGCCCAAACAGACAGCGAGUGCUGACGAUAGUGCCAAGUCAGUCAAGAGCAAGUUUCCUUUGCCUGUUCCAUCAAGUUCGGCCAAAACUCCGUUCCUGUGACGCGUUUGUCUUCGAAGUGCGAAACGAUGUCUCCGCCCACGGUUCGUAUCACCCGAAAGUUUUUGAAUCAAUUCCCUCACUUUUUUUUUCUUUUUAUUCUUUUUUUACGUGAUUUACAUCUUGUCAGUGGCAAUCGUCUGAAUCAAAGUUU